AUGGGAUUUGAGAAAGUCGGUGCUGAAAGGAAGCUACAACUAGCAGAAUUGGAGAACCUCCGCCUAGAAGCCUAUGAGAACUCCAGGCUAUACAAAGAGAAGGUGAAGGCUGUGCAUGAUAAGAAUAUCAAGUUGAGAAUCAUGCCAGGCAAGCUUAGAUUAAGAUGGGAUGGCCCCUACCGGGUGGAAAAGGCUGAGCCAUAUGUCGUCUUCCACCUGAGUCAUCCUUCAAGCCCCAAUAUCCUCAAGGUCAAUGGCCACCGCUUGAAACUAUACCAUGGUGAAAAGAUGAAGGACAACAAGGAGCUGAAUAUCUUCCUCUUGGAAGAUCCACCAACAGAAGAAGACUGA